CGAGCCUGCGUCUCCGAGCCUUGUGCAAGUGCGAUGUCCCGCCUGCUGCAUGCAGAAGAGUGGGCUGAAGUGAAGGAAUUGGGGGAGCACCCUCGCCACCCCCAGCCGCACCACCUCUCGCAACCGCCGCCGCCGCCGCCCCAGCCACCGGCGGCCCUGCAGGCCCGGGAGCACUCCGUCUACCCGGCCGAGCUGUCCCUCCUGGACGGCACGGACCCACGCGCCUGGCUGGCUCCCACGUUGCAGGGCAUCUGCACGGCCCGCGCCGCCCAGUACCUGCUGCAUUCCCCGGAGCUGGGUGCUUCCGAGGCCGCGGCGCCCCGGGACCAGGCGGACGGCCGGGGGGAGCUGGGAAGGAGGAGCGGCGGUGGCGGCGGCAAGAGCCCGGGACCCGUGAAGGUGCGGGAACAGCUGUGCAAGCUGAAAGGCGGCGUGGUGGUGGACGAGCUGGGUUGCAGCCGCCAGCGCGCCCCUUCCAGUAAGCAGGUGAACGGGGUGCAGAAGCAAAGACGGCUGGCGGCCAACGCCAGGGAGCGGCGCCGGAUGCACGGGCUGAACCACGCCUUCGACCAGCUGCGCAACGUUAUCCCUUCGUUCAACAACGACAAGAAGCUGUCCAAGUACGAGACCCUGCAGAUGGCCCAGAUCUACAUCAACGCCCUGUCCGAGCUGCUGCAGACGCCCAGCGGCGGGGAGCAGCCGCCGCCCCCGCCGCCGCCGCCUCCGACCUCCUGCAAAAGUGACCACCACCACCUCCGCGCCGGCGCCGCCUCCUACGACAGCGGCGCGGGCUCGGCGCCGGCGGCGGGGGCCCCGCCGACCUCGGGAGGGGGCCCGCGGCCCGCCGCGCCCGGGAGUUGCCGGACUCGCUUCUCCGGCCAGGCCUCGGCGGCGGGAGGGUACGCGGUGCCGCUGGACGCUCUGCACUUCUCCGCGUUCGAGGACAGCGCCCUGACGGCGAUGAUGGCGCCAAAGAACUUGUCGCCCUCGCUGCCCGGCGGCCUCCUGCCACCGGUGCAGGAGGAAAGUAGCAAAACUUCGCCGCGGUCGCACAGAAGCGACGGCGAGUUUUCCCCCCGCUCCCAUUACAGCGACUCGGACGAGGCGAGUUAGGGAGGAGGCACAGAGCCCUGAAAACUGAGACAGACACAGAACCGCCCUCUCCCCAGGCGCGGGAAGCCCCCGCGGUUCGAGAUCCCCGCACCCUUUCAGUCGUGCUCUGCGACCGUCGUUGUUUAGCAACGACUUGGCUUCAGACGGCAGCUUUGUUGGAGGCUUUGCGGAUGCCGCCGCUGUUCCCGACUUCCUACGGUCCGCGGGGGUUGAUGAAAACUUAACUGUGCAAGUGCUGCCUUCCCGCCCACCUUGCGCUCCCCCUGCAGACGGGCUAUACGGUCCGUACCCAGAGGUGACAUCGUUAUUUCAGCUCCCCGCUGCCAGUCCGCUGCACAACAAAACAAAACCAAACCUCGCACCUUCCUCUCUGUCGCUGGUUCGGGUUUAAUUGAUUUCACGCCCUUGGGCAUCCGUCCCUGUGUGUUGUGCUCCCUCACGUGUGGGAGGGUUAGUCUUCCAAAAUGUAUUCUGAAACGCAAAGCGAAUGCUUCCAAAGUGAAUAACUUUUGGCUGUGGGAUGAUCGGGGAACUGGGAAGGUGAGGGCGUCUACGCUGUCGAAGCGAAGCCAGUAAGUCCGUGUGCUGGCGAGAGCGUGGGCGUCUUCGGAGACCCUUGGCACACGCACUUGAUAACCCUCUGCUGCUGCCGCUGCCUUGACUCCAAGAAGAAACUCAACUGCCAACUACAGACCCGCUGCUGGUGUUGUUUUUAUUUUUAAACACAGCCACUAAUAGUCCUUAUGCUCUUUUUUGCAAAUGUUCAUUUUAAAAAAGUGAAAAAAUUUAAAAACACAUCUGGUAGUGUCAAAAGCAUUUGAUCAAUUUUAUUUUUGCUUUGGUGAUGUUAGAAAAAGUUAUUUAUUAUUGAGUGUUUGCUACUGUUUCUACUUGCCUUGAUUCACUUUUUUUUUACAUUUUCUAUUUGAGAUCAUUUUAUUUUAACCUAGCAAAGCCAACUGCCAUUGUUUUAUGUAUUUCCUUUGGCAAAUGAUAAAAAUAAACGUGAAAAGUUAA